CAAAAGAUUGAAUGAUUGAAUUUUUUUUGAUGGUUCAGCAUCUUUUUUGAAACAAACAAUCCAACGUUGCAACAAGUUAAGAAUUGUGCAUAUUUGAAUAAAUAUUAAAUUAGAUAGUUGUUUUGAUUAAAUUAAAAUCAAUGGUAAUUUUAUUGUGAAUCCAACGAUGACUUUUACACAUUAUCAAUGGUUUUUAAUUGGUCUUUUGGUCAUUACUGGAUCAAUUAAUACGUUAAGUACAAAAUGGGCUGAUAAUAUAAAAUCAGAAGGCUCCGAUGGAGUAUAUCGUAAGUUUGAACAUCCAUUUGUUCAAGCUUGUGGUAUGUUUUUGGGCGAAUUUACAUGUUUAAUUGUUUUUAAAUUACUAUUUUAUUACUAUUUCCGUAAACAAGACGGUUCAUCCGAAACAAAUGGAUUGGUAAAAGGAAACCGUGAAUUCAAUCCAUUUUUACUAUAUUUACCUGCUAUUUGUGAUAUGACGGCCACUUCAAUUAUGUACAUAGGAUUAAAUUUAACGUACGCUUCCAGUUUUCAAAUGUUGCGUGGAUCUGUGAUCGUUUUUGUAGGUCUAUUAAGUGUUACGUUCUUAAAACGGACCUUGGGAUAUCGAGAAUGGGGUGGUAUUUAUUUAAUUUUAAUUGGUCUUACUCUGGUUGGAUUAUCCGAUUUUAAUGGAAAUCAAAAAGGAGCAGCUGGUGAAGAACCGGAUAUUAAUAGUAUUAUUACUGGUGAUAUGUUGAUUAUUAUUGCACAGAUUAUAAGUGCAAUUCAAAUUGUUUUAGAAGAAAAAUUUGUGGCUGGCUUAGAUAUUCCACCACUACAGGCUGUCGGAUGGGAAGGUUUAUUUGGUUUCCUUACCCUUAGUGUACUCUUAGUUCCAUUUUACUUCAUACCAGUAUCAUCACCAUUUGGAAAUAAUGCCCAUCGUGUUUUGGAAGAUUUCCCCGAUGCAAUGGCACAAAUAAAAAAUAAUCCACAAUUAUGGGGAGCCAUUGCUGGUAAUGUAAUAUCAAUUGCAUUCUUUAAUUUUGCCGGAAUAUCCGUUACCAAAGAAAUCUCAGCGACAACACGUAUGGUCUUGGAUAGUGUACGUACCGUGUUUAUCUGGGUGAUUUCAAUUUUACUUGGAUGGCAAGGCAUACAUGUUCUUGAUGUGAUUGGUUUUGCAACAUUAAUCGCGGGCAUGUGCAUUUAUAACAAUAUUGUUAUCAAUAGAUGUAUACCUCUUAGGACAAACUACCAAAAUAUUCAAGAAGAUGGCACUGUUGUCAAUAGAUCUGCUUCUAGACCUGAAUAAAUUACAUAAUUAUUUUUUAUCGUAUGGGGUAUGUUCGAUGGCGUUUAUCAUUUGAUUCGAAGAAAGACUUAAAAUAGGGGAAAAUUUGUUUAAGGUAAAAUGAUAGCCGCCAUCGGCCAUACUAUAAAUUGUAAAGAAAAUGAAAUGAGGACUGAAAAUAUAUUUUUAAUAAAAAUUAUUUUAAAAAAUAAAAAGAAAUCCCUGCAAAUUUUGUAAAAUUAAGGAAAUUCUAUCAUUUUUUCUGUUUAUUUUUUUUAUUUUUUCACUUAAACAUCCCCUUGCUUAUUGAUUUUGAUAGAAUUUCCUUAGUUCCUUAAAAUCCUUCAUAAAAUAUUUC